AUGGCUGCUGUUGCUACUCGUCAACCCUUCGAGCCUGCUCCUGGCUUCGUCCCAACUGAGACUCAGGCCACGGGAAGCUUCUUACACUCUACGCUCGACGGUGCCCCUGCCUUUGUCGACAUAUCAGCUGGAGGUUCUAAUGUUAAGAGCAUCGAGCACUCACUCAAAGUCAUCAAUUUGCGAGACUACCAGCCACAAGUGAAGCUUGACGUUGAAGGUGUCGAAUACGUUCCGUUCAGUUCCAGUCUUCAAGAGGAAAGCCUCUUGCAUCCGGACAAAGCUGAGAUCAAAUCCGUGGUUGAAAAGGUAUACUGGCCCGAAUGCGCUGAACUCGUCAAAAAGCACACUGGUGCUGUGGAGGUAGUCCCAUACCACUGGCGUCAUCGCCAAACCCCGAAGAACAUGCAGGAGCAAGACGCCAGCAAGGGAGUGAGCAGCAAGCCCGUCACACACUUUCACAUCGAUAACGAUGCCAGCACCGCAGAAGGCUCUCUUAAAGCCGCUCUAGGCGAAGAAGAAGCCUCACGUUGGCUUGCAUCUGGCCACUGGGGUAUUAUAAAUGUGUGGAAACCUAUUGGGGAUCCAGCAUACCAGUAUCCGCUUGCUGUGGUUGAUGUUAGCAAAGUAAACUGGCAACGCGAUGUCGAAGUUGUGUUAACUCGAAACAACUACAAGAAUAGCAUCAAUGGACUCCGCUUCCGCGACGGCUUUGACUAUUACUAUGUGAAAGACCUGCGUGCAGAUGAGGCAUUACUAUUUAGGAACUUUGAUUCCCAGGAUGGAAGGGGAAUCGGUGUACCACAUGCUGCAGUGGAUGACGUGAACACACCGGUUGACUGUCCGCCGCGCCGAAGCAUUGAGGUCCGAUGCUUGGUGUUGUAUGGUAACUGA